AUGCCACUGCUGGACCUGAUUCGCGAGGAUCCAAGGCAGCAGCAGCUACAUCGGACGCAGCGCCAGGGCAGGCAACAACUACAGCAGCAGCAGCAGCAGCAGCAGCAGCAGGCCGCCAAUCCAAGCUCCAGACGCCAGACACAGCGACAACAACGCAACGCCGAGCCGAUACAGACCCAUGGAUCAUGCAGCCAGGCGUUGGGAGAGAGCAUGAAAAGAUUGGAGAAAUUAGAGUCUCGUAUGGAGGAAAUAUUCUCUGUACUUACCCGAUUAAUCCAUCUGCAGACUCCGCCAGCAGAGGUAGCAACAACGCCAGCAGCCCAAACGGCAGCGCCGCCACAACCAGCUCCUCCAGCAGCAGAAACUCCAGGUCCUGCAGCGACACCGGAACCUGUGAGGGGAAUGUCCUCUCCUCAUCCAUUACAGCGUUUCAGCACGGAAACGGUGCCGCCGCGCACCUAUAUCUUUGACCCGGCGCCAGAACCAGAGCCAGACAGCGACGAGAUGGAAGAUGACGGGGACGAAGCGUGGACAGAUGACUCCUUAAAUGGGGUUGAAGCGUACCGUCGGACCCUGAGCGGAUACAUAUCCUUCUGGUGCAAGGAAUCUGAACUGGANCAGACUCCGCCAGCAGAGGUAGCAACAACGCCAGCAGCCCAAACGGCAGCGCCGCCACAACCAGCUCCUCCAGCAGCAGAAACUCCAGGUCCUGCAGCGACACCGGAACCUGUGAGGGGAAUGUCCUCUCCUCAUCCAUUACAGCGUUUCAGCACGGAAACGGUGCCGCCGCGCACCUAUAUCUUUGACCCGGCGCCAGAACCAGAGCCAGACAGCGAUGAGAUGGAAGAUGACGGGGACGAAGCGUGGACAGAUGACUCCUUAAAUGGGGUUGAAGCGUACCGUCGGACCCUGAGGUACCAUCUCGACAACCUUGUAUCCUGGCAGGGAUACAACUAA